AUGAAAUUGAUUGAUCUUCAAAAAUUAUNUUAAUUGCUUCAAAAUAUAGGUACUGGUUCUACAGCUCAAGUAAGACUUUACAAAAUAAAUUAGGUCUUUUUGGCAGAAAAUAUUCUAGAUCAUAAGUAAUAUGCAGUAAAAUAGAUUGAGAAAGAGCAAGCUACUGGAAGACAUCGUAUAUUGAGAUCGAAAACAUUAUUAGAAGAAAUAUUUAUGAUGAGGAGUUUGGAUCAUCCUAAUAUAAUGAAAUUACAUCAAGUUUAUGAAUCAGAAAGUAGAAUUUAUAUUAAUAAAUAGAGCAUAUUUAAUUAGUUAUUAGCUUAUUUGAAGGAGGACAAUUGAUGGAUAAAAUCAAAAACUUUAAUUUCCUUAUGAAAAGAGAGUUGGCUAAAUUGUUAAUUGAAACUGUACAUUAUAUGCACACCAAAGUAUUUUAUAUCGAAAUUAGGGAAUUAUGCAUAGAGAUUUAAAACCAUUUAAUAUCCUCUACAAAAAUAAAGAUCCUUAAGAUUGGUAAUUUGGAAUUGGAGAUUUUGGAUUCUCUACAUCAAUAAAAUAACAAUAACAUAUUCUAUAUAAAUGUGGUACUCCUGGAUAUGUGGCACCUGAAAUUAUAGAAUAUAGAGAAAAGUCUAAGAUGUAUGGAUAGUCAUGUGAUGUGUUUAGUAUUGGUGUAAUUAUUUAUGAAAUGUAAGAGUAGAAAAAUUAAAUAGAUUUUUUAAUGUUCAUCCUUUUAAAAGUAAGACAAAAGAUGAAACUUUAAGAUAAAAUGUAAAUGCUUAAAUUAAUUUUGAUGAUCGUGUUUGCAUCCCUUAAUCACUUAAAUCUUUAAUCAUUUCUAUGGUUAGAAAAAAUCCACGACAUAGAUUUACUUUAUAAUAAUGUUUAGAUCAUGACUUUUUUAAAGAAAGCUUAUCUAAAUUCAAUGAAUUAUCAUAAGAAAUUUAAGAGUAAAUUUAAAUAUAUAAUUUUAUAGACAUGAACCAAAAACAAUGGAGAUUAGAAACUUAAGGUGUUAGACUCUUUAGUUUUUAAAAACCCAAAAUAAUAGAAGAAGAUAAUCAUUACCUCAAGAUUUCUCUGUUACUUAAGAACCAUAAAUUUAAUAAAGUAAGUCUCAAAUAUAUUAUAAAAAAGGAAAAAGUAUUAUAAUUAAACACAGAUAAUCAGUUUCAUCUACACAUGAGUCAAAAUUCAAACUAGAAUCUUAACAAUAGUUCUAAUUGAUCUAAUAAAAUUAAAUAUAAUUUGGAUCUUAGCUAAAAUUAGUUUAAUUAGAAAAGAUUUGUGAGAUUUUAUUGAAUGAUUCAAAUUGCAAACCAAAAGAAUUUGGAAAUAUAUAUUUAAUUAAGAAAUAGUGA